UUGCUUGUUGUGUGUUACGCUAGCCUUACCGUCCCCUUUUUUAUUGUAUUUUUUGUCUGCAUUAGAGUGACAUCGGUCAGUGUGCAGCCCGCACGCGGGGUUCAGCGGCAGGAGGCAAAGCGCUACUGGGCCGAGGAUGGUACCCACGAUCCCCCCGUGAAAGUCGUUAUCGAUCGGUUCAAGCGCCUGCGCUGGGGUGCCUACAUUCAUCCGCGUGCCGGACGCAGGAAACACUUGUACAGGAAGAAUCCGUGGGUGGUGGCCAAAAGGGAUGAGCACAUUCUGACAAGCCGCGCACUCAGCUUCUGCCUGGACAACAUGCUCAACGCUCAUUGGCGCAAACCGAGAUUCUACCCGGAGGACAUCUAUGAGCCGUAUCACAGGCGCACCGGCGUUCCCUGGGACUACGAACUACACAAGCGUCGCUUUUACCCCUAA